AUGCUCGGCGGACGAAGCGAGUCGCUCGUGAUAGUCAUCGCUGUCAUGCUGGCGGUGUCGCUGGCGACCGUGUGUCUCCGAUGCUUUGUGCGCGUGCGCGUCACGAGGAAAUUCGGGUGUGACGAUGGGCUUAUGGUUCUGGCGAUGGUAUUUAAUCUUGCCUUUGCGAUCUGUGGCAUUGUGGGCGCGACGUUUGGUAUUGGGAGGAGAAGGGCAUACUUCGCGACCCGUCCCGACGACUACCAGCGCGCUCUUCUAUGCUGGUGGCUCGGGCAAAUAUUCUACAUCCUCACAACAACAACAAUGAGGCAGUCCAUCGUCAUCCUGCUCUUCCGCUUCACAUUGCAACGAAUACACAAGAUCGUCCUCUGGAUAGUCUCCAUCUUGUCGCUUGCCGUGGGAAUCAUAUUCCUCUUCUUCACCAUCUUCCAAUGUAGUCCGGUCGACUACUACUGGAAGCGGCUGACCGCUCGAGGGAGCUGUAUCGAUAUCGAUGUAUUGAUAGACAUCGUCUACUUCUACAGCGCUGUCGCUGCAGCGUGCGAUCUGACGAUAGGUCUCUUGCCGGCAUUCCUGAUCCGGCGGUUGAGGGCAAGCCUAGGAACAAAGGCUGCAAUAGCCGUUAUACUUGGGAUUGGAUGCGUGGCAAGUGCAGCGGUCAUCGUCCGGAUCCCAUUCCUGGAGUCGCUGAAAAGCGCCGAAAUCCUGCAUGCAACAAGCCAAGUCGCCAUCUGGUCGAACAUCGAAGCCAGCCUCGGUAUCACAGCAGGCAGCCUGGCACCACUACGACCGCUCUGCCGCAAUUUGUCUACGUCGUGCUCCGUGCUGAAACCGAAACUGGCGCUCGCUAGGAUCAAAAGCUUCCAGCUACCGAGGAAACGGCGCAAGGUCGAGGUGCAACCGGUGCCGGCGACGAAUGGGGUCGUUUCACAGGUAUCCGAUGUUGAGCGCGGUUUGAACGUCAACGACGCACAGCCCUGA